AUGAGCCGAGGACAAUCCCACCUACCUGCGUUUUUUGAAGCUAGAGAGAGGAGACGAGAUGGCCGUACUGUCUAUCGGUGUAGUUUGUGCGAUGGGGCCGAAGUAUUGAGCUAUCGCAGCCACGCCCUCGGCACUCAACAUCGGGAGAACGUUCGCGAGUACGACGAGCAGAUGGCGAGGGCACAGCGGGAAAGAAUCGAAGAAGAAAGGGAAGAAACUAACCCUCAGCAAGAGGUUCAAGACAACAUGGAUAAUGAGGAGGAUGAGGAUACUUACGAUAUCCAAGCCGACCUCGACGCAAUGGGUGCCGCUGCAAGGUUUCUGCUACCCGACGAAUCCAGCGAUAUAAAUCUUGACGAUGAAAUUGGCCUCGACGAUUUGAUUGAUGCCGAGCUCGAGAAUAUACUGCGUAAUGAGGAUACCGUUACCUUUGAUGGACCGGCCGACGAGGAUGAUCGAGACAACGAUCCUGUGGAAAAUUCAAGAUGGUUCCCUUUCAGAAACAAAAUGGAGCUCGCCGGGUCUUUGUUGAUCGGGCACACCCACUCACUCAUAUCGCAUUUAAUUUACAAUAGGGUCCGAGUUGUCAUCACAAUCUGUGACAUCCGGCUGCCAGCCUGGGCAACCGUCCGCAGCGCGCGAGCCCGCAUCCGAAAAUUGCUCCAGAGUGAAUUGAAAAGUGAAAAAAGUCCCUUUGGGACGCCUUGUUUUUCCCUCAGUGUCAAGGGAAUUUUAUCCCAGAAGGCCACUUCAAAUUCUCCCAAUCCAAGAAAUGGCUCGAGGAGUUGGCUCCACAACAUCGUGCUCCAAUGUGUGAAGUGGAAGGAGAACAUUACUAUAUUUUCGAACCUGUAG